GAGAAAAUAGAGAGUGCGAAGACAAGAGGAGUAGACAAAAGGAAAGUCAAUUUAUUUGAGUGAAAAGAGAAAGAAAUAGACGCAGGAAAUAAGAGAGAAGAAAGAAAUCGAAAACAAAACGAGAGAAGUAAUGAGAUAAUAACAAUGUACUUUAACCGCUGAGUGAGUGAGUGAGUCUCUCGCUCUCUCUCUCUCUCUCCCUCCCUCUCCCUCUCUCUCUCUGAAUGUGGGUAACUGGUGGUAAAGAGCCGUCUGUUUCCGGGUGCUCUGAGGGGAAACCCGGCUGAAAUUCACCUCCGCUCGGGUUUAUAAGUGUUCCGCUCUCUGUGUGAGCGCUCCAGACGCUCUCGGCCUCGGUGGAGGUGAAGUGAACCGUGUCCAUGGCGUCUUGCCCCGGCGAGAACGAGUUUCCCUGCGGUUUCCCUCAGAGCAUCUGCGACGAGCUGCCUCCUCUACAUUACCUCUGCAGCAGCUGCAAUAACGUGCUGAACGAGGCGCUCCAGACUCAGUGCGGACACAGAUACUGCAGAGCCUGCGUGCUCUGGCUCAUCAGGAACAAUAAGGAUCUGGUGUGUACAAAGUGUAAACAAGACCCCAGCAGUGAGAGUGACUCCAGCAUGAUGCUGACGCUGGACCAUUUCUUCAACGACAUGGCCAUCAAUAAAGAGAUUCAGGAGCUGAGGGUGCACUGUGUUAACCAAGGCUGUCCCUGGAGGAGCACCCUCAAGGACUUUGAGGACCACCAGAGUCAGUGUGAAUAUGCCCUUAUCUCCUGCAAUGUUGGCUGUGGCCUGAUGGUGCUGAGGAAGACUCUGGCCAUGCACCUGGACAAAGGCUGUCCCAACAACAAGAGCACGUGCGAAACAUGCUCUUGCGCACUGACCCCCACAGAACUGCAGAAGCAUUCAUGUUCCAAUGGAAAUGACAAGAAGCCUACAAAAGCAGAGAAACGACCAAAGGACAAUAAGCAGGUGAGCUCAAAGCGGAAAGAGCCAUGUGUCUUCUUUGAGGUUGGAUGCACAUUUAAGGGAAACACAGAAAAGGUGCAUGAACACGAGAGCUGCAACACUGCUGGUCAUCUGCAGCUCCUCUUGGAGGCCAUCAGGGCCCUACAAUCGUCUGUGUCCUCUCCGCCUGAGAGGAGUGUGCAGUACCCUGCCCUGGGGAUACUCCUUCAGGGCCAGAAUGUGGCCUCCCUUUGCCCUCAGACUAACGGAGAUCUGGAGACAGACAGCGGGGACGGAGGGGCCAGUGACAAGGCCUUGAGUCUGCAUGAUGACCAGGCUGAGCUGGAGGUGGGCCAGCAGCUGCACGCUCUGCAGCAGAGACUGCAGAUCAUGGAGAACAUCAUUUCAGCACUUAACCGAGAAGUGGAGAAGACCCAGCUGACCGUGGUGGCACUGGAAAGAGACAAUCACAACACCAUGCAGGUCGUGCAGCACUUAGAGACCGUGGUAGCGGAGCAGCAGCAGAGACUGAUCAGGAAAGACAUGCACAUCGCCUCGUUACAGCAGAGCAUCAGCGCACAGCAGGACGUCUCCUAUGACGGCACCUUUCUCUGGAGGAUCUGUGAUGUCAGUCAGAAGCUGAGAGAGGCAGCCACAGGGCAGAGGAGCAGUCAAUACUCUCCAGCCUUCUAUACGUCCAGGUACGGCUUUAAAGUGUGCAUGCGGCUGUACAUGUAUGGAGACGGAGUGGGGAAAGGGACACACAUCUCUCUUUUCUUUGUCAUUAUGAAAGGAGAGUAUGACCCACUUCUUUCAUGGCCCUUUAAGCACAAGGUGACAUUCUUCCUCAUUGAUCAGAACCAAAAGGAGCACGUGAUCGACGCUUUUCGUCCUGAUCUGUCCUCCGUGUCUUUCCACCGACCCAUCUCCGAGAUGAACGUGGCCAGCGGCUGCCCUCUUUUCUGUCCCCUGGCAAAGCUACGCUCGCCCAAGCAUGCCUACCUCAAGGACGACACGCUCUUUAUCAAGUGUGUGGUGGACUCCUCCUCCUGAACAGGGGGCGUGGCUGGGUGGAAGAGACUGAUCUGAUCAGCACUGCAACAAAUGUUGUUGUGAUUUGGUGUAAUAAACUAAGCACAUUAACCUG